GAUCUCAGCAGAGGUUUUGUAGCAUAAUACACUCUUCCCCCUUCUACUUGGGAGAAUUAACAAAAGAUUAUUUGAUGCACUGGAGGUCACAAUUCAGCCACAAGUGAACAUUGCCACUUUGCAGAGAAGAGUGUGUCUAACAUGUAUGAGAAGUUGGGAAACCUACCAGUAGUGAGUGAAAACCAUUCGUGGCUCUAACCAAAGGGCAGCUGAGUGCUCAGAUGUGCACGGGCUCUAUGAAGUACUUCUGACCAUCUUGUGGUGCUUUCAAAGGACUCUAAGUAGGGUGUUGAAGUUUUAUCCCCUAUACUUUUCACAUGGUUUUGAGAUUCAGUUCCCCUGUGUGGCUGACAAGUUCCUCUGGGAGAAGGGAUGGGGCUUGCAAAGUGUGCUCUUUUUGGAUGAAAGGAGCUAUUGAAAUUGAGGUUUUCUGAUGUCCCACAUGGAGAACUGCCGGCGGAAUGUCUGCUGCUGGUGUGACCUACUGAGCUUGGAGAGGGAUAAAAGUUAAAGCUUGACCUAACUGUGUUCUGUCUGAGAAGGACCAGCUGGGUCACAGAAAGGAGAGGAAAUAUGGUGAAAAUCAUCUUGGCCUCACCAAAGACGAUGAGAGUAUUGAGAGGGAGUGUACAGGUCCUUGGGCCUGGGAUUUGUGAUGGGAGAGGUGAUCAGCUUUUUCAGCUCCCGAUUAAAGCAAGCUGAAGCUGAACUGUCAGUGGAGCGGGUUCUGGAAAUCAUCAAGCAGGGAGCUGUUGCUUUGCCCAAAGACAGGCUAAGAAAGUUCCCUGAGCUCAAGUUUAAGUACGUGGAAGAGGAGCAGCCUGAGGAGUUCUUCAUUCCCUAUGUUUGGUCUCUGGUUUACAACUCCGCCGUGGCCCUUGUAAUAAAUGACAAAUUACAGCCCUGUACUGGAACCCUCACGACAUCCAGCUCUUCACUAUGGACUCUGGCUGAAGGAGAUGCCCCAGCCGAGCCAGCUCGACUCCAUUGUCUUACAGAAGAUGAAACUGCACUGCAUGUGAAUACAUGAUCCCUUCCAGUGUGCACCCUCCAACCCCAGAGCUUACAGAGAAUGAAGCUUGCUGCUCAUGUACAGUCCAACAUCGAUGUUUCAGAAGCAGAUUGCCACAGCCUGGCAACAGGCUACAGUGUGAGGAACUGAUGGCCUAUAUGUAACCCUGUAUUUAUAGUCCUAUAAUCUGGAGCUUGUUUGAAAAUGAGGCCUUACACAUGGGGUAUAAUGUUACUACCAACCACACACCUGAUUGUUCUUUUAACUGGGUAAAUGAGGAAAGAGACUGUGGACUUUGAUUUGGAAGCAGCAUUUGUAUUUUCAUUUCUUUAAAGCGAGGCAGCUUCUUUGGGUCAAGUUUUCUUUGAUCGGUUGGAUUCUGCCAUGGAUUGCUCAUUACCUAAUACCAUGCUUUCACUCACGGCCCCUUAUUUUGGUGACACUGUCAAGGCUGCAGUCCUUCAGCUGGUGUCUACACUGUCAUCCAAGUGAACUAGCAAGCAGCACGUUAAUCAAAUUAUUAGCUCCCAGGCAGGCUAAAAACACUUGAUUUAGAUGUCAAAAUGUUUUUGGGAGGAUUUUCAAUAGCAAGUCUUUCUUUUUUGUUUGACUGACAAAUAUUCUGUAGAGGGCUAGAAAAAACAGCUUUCAGAGUAAAGUCCCUUACAGACUUGUUUUACUGUGCUUCUGCGCAAAAGCUGUCCCUGGAAGUUGAAUAUGUGAAAAAAAAUCUCCAAAGAAAAUAGUUAUAAGAUUGUAAAAUAGACCGAUGUCCUGUAAAAAUGUGUAAUGGUGACACUGUGUUGUGGGGAUCCUUGGCAAAGUUCUGUGUUGAAAAUCCCCUGUUUGCUAUUAAAGGUUUUAUGGCAGAAGUAUACAUUUAUCUGAAUGUAGAAUGCUUCUUUUCUGUUUUAUUGUUUGUGUUUUUGUUUUUUUUUUGUGUGUGUGUGUGUGUGUGUGUCCUUUCCUGAUAUACCUGUUUCUGCAGUUGCAAGAACAAAAGAAAUGGAUUGACCUGGUUUUGAAAGAACAUCUCAUUUUUCAGAAUAAGGAUUGCUUCUUCUGUGGGGAAGUUCCUGACAGUGCUCAUUGCACAUGCAUGCAAACACUCUCCUAAUCCCACAUGCUGCUGUGUGGAGUACUGUC